AUGAUGGAGGUGGGCGGUUGGCAAAAUAUGCGUGUGGAGCAACACGGUGGACCGCUGGUUUUGGUCGAUUACCGUACUUUUACACACAUUCCUUGCUGUACUUUUUUUUUUUGCUUUCUUUUGGCGUUUUUUUUUUUGCGGUUUACUUGUGUUAUGUUAUUUUCCUUACUAUUACUAUUGUUAUUGUUAUCUUUUUUGUUUGGUUGUUUAUCUUUGUCGUAUCUGUUAAAUGAUACUUCAUUAUUUGACCUCUGCGUAGUGCAUCUAUUUUGCGUGUGCUUUGUUUUUGUUUUUAUCAGAAUUAACAUAUUACUCCCCACCUUUUUUUUUUUACUUUUCCGCUUUGCGGUUUGGCUGAGGGGUGAUCUCGUUUUUGUUUUUUUUUGUUUUUUCUUUUCUCUUUUGUUUGUUUUUUUUUUCCCCUUCCCCACUGUUGGUAUUGAUGCGUGUGGCUUUUGCGUGAGGGCGUCCACCGCUGGUUUGUGCGAGUCGGCAUUUUCACUAUUCGCUUUGCUUACUUACAUUUGUGCGUCCCCCCCUCUUUUUUUUCUUUUUUUUCUUUUUCUUUUCCUUCCUUUUGUUUGUGUUUUGUUUGCACAUGAGCACGGGCUGUUAUAUGUGUAUUUAACACCUGUCUUUCAUCCUUUCAUGUGCUUACUUGUUCGUUAUUAA